UAUUCUGGACGCAAGGAUUAUCGUCGCUGGGUUCGGUCCUGGGUUUGAAAAAGGAGCUUUGUCUUUUACCUACAGAAUUGUAACAUCGGCACUAGGUGGACACGAUCAUGCCCUUCGGCAACACCCACAACAAGAUGAAGAUGAACUACUCCGCGGAGCAGGAGUUUCCCGACCUCAGCAAGCACAACAACCACAUGGCCAAGGUGCUCACCCUGGAUAUGUACGAGCGGUUGCGGGACAAGGAGACUUCCAGUGGCUUCACUCUCGAUGAUGUCAUUCAGACUGGCGUUGACAAUCCAGGACAUCCCUUCAUCAUGACGGUGGGCUGCGUGGCUGGAGAUGAGGAGACCUAUGAUGUCUUCAAGGAACUCCUGGACCCUGUCAUUGAGGACCGACAUGGUGGAUACAAACCCACAGAUAAACACAAGACUGAUCUCAACCCAGAGAACCUACAGGGGGGUGACGACCUGGAUCCCAACUACGUGCUGAGCUCCAGAGUCCGGACUGGAAGAAGCAUCCAUGGAUUCUGCCUGCCACCGCACUGCAGUCGUGGGGAGCGACGCACCAUUGAGGCCCUAGCCAUUGAUAGCUUAAGUGUCCUGGAUGGUGACCUGAAAGGCAAAUACUAUGCUCUGAAAAACAUGACAGAGGAGGAACAGCAGCAGCUGAUUGAUGACCACUUCCUGUUUGACAAGCCUGUCUCUCCUCUGCUGCUGGCUUCUGGAAUGGCACGGGAUUGGCCUGAUGCGAGGGGAAUCUGGCACAAUGACAACAAAACCUUCCUGGUCUGGGUGAAUGAGGAGGACCACCUGCGUGUGAUAUCCAUGCAAAAGGGAGGCAACAUGAGGGAGGUCUUCACCCGCUUCUGUACCGGUCUCACUAAGAUUGAGGCCCUGUUCAAGGAAAAGGGUCACGAAUUCAUGUGGAACGAGCACCUGGGUUAUGUCUUGACAUGUCCCUCAAAUCUUGGUACUGGCCUCCGAGCUGGUGUGCACGUCAAGCUGCCCAACCUCAGCAAGCAUGACAAGUUUGGUGAGGUUCUCAAGAGACUGAGGCUUCAGAAGCGUGGAACAGGUGGCGUGGACACUGCUGCUGUCGGUGGAGUUUUUGACAUCUCCAAUGCUGACCGGCUGGGCUUCUCUGAAGUGGAGCUGGUGCAGAUGGUGGUGGAUGGUGUGAACUUGCUGAUUGAGAUGGAAAAGCAGCUGGAGAACGGGGAGUCUAUUGAUGACCUCAUUCCUGACCAAAAGUGAACGCUUGCUCCUUGCCCCCCUCUAAUCACUUGUACCCAAUUCCCUGCAGCUCUGCCCUUCAAAUGCAUUUUAACCACAUCAGCAAACAAACCCAGUUAGCAGCAUUGAAGUUUGAGUCUUCCAGAGUGAAAAUGAAUUUUUGUAUCUCAGCUUGCAAUGUUGAGGAUGGUUCUUCAAUAAAAUAAAAUAUUUGACCCAUG